AUGUCAUACUCAAGCAGUGUCUGGGUCCUCUUGCAGUUGUCUGGGUCCUCUUGCAGUUGUCUGGGUCCUCUUGCAGUUGUCUGGGUCCUCUUGCAGUUGUCUGGGUCCUCUGGCAGGUGUCUGGGUCCUCUUGCAGGUGUCUGGGUCCUCUGGCAGGUGUCUGGGUCCUCUGGCAGGUGUCUGGGUCCUCUGGCAGGUGUCUGGGUCCUGUGGCAGGUGUCUGGGUCCUCUGGCAGGUGUCUGGGUCCUCUUGCAGUUGUCUGGGUCCUCUUGCAGUUGUCUGGGUCCUCUUGCAGUUGUCUGGGUCCUCUGGCAGGUGUCUGGGUCCUCUUGCAGGUGUCUGGGUCCUCUGGCAGGUGUCUGGGUCCUCUGGCAGGUGUCUGGGUCCUCUGGCAGGUGUGUGGGUCUUCUUGUAGGUGUCUGGGUCCUGUGGCAGGUGUCUGGGUCCUCUGGCAGGUUAUUAACUAUUCGUUAGAGAGGUAGAAGAGAGUUGCAGAAAAUACGAGCUUCUUAAGGAUCAAGGUGAUGAACUUUGUGUUACUGACUUGCCAAGCCAAUCAACCAACAAAAAGGACAGAAGCAAUUGUACCAGAUCAAAGAAGAGAUCAAGGAUUUCCGAAUGUACAGAGUUCAUGCUGGUGGCAAGGAAAAAGAAGCAAAGAACAAGAAAGGUCGAGCAAGGAACAAGAAAGAAGCAGUCGAGGUUUCCUGAUUUGUAACGGACACAGUGUCGUACUUAGUACUCCAAGUUGGCAAGUUAACUUCUUCAGAUGACUGCAAAACGCAACGUUACAAAGCUCACUUCUACAACCCUAGUCACCAAUGACAGUGCACCACCAUAUCCCUUUGCUCACCAGUUGAAACAAACUACCGCCCUCGAGUCAGAAGGCUGUCCUCAUCGUCCAACACACAGCGGUAACAUCACCCAAGGACUUCAGCCCUCCGGUGAUACCUGGUUCAGCAAAGACUAGGCCUUUGGGGGGUGUUUAUGGCUCUGUCAUCAUAACAGCAUUGUGGCAGAAGUAUGGAACACCACCAUAUACAGGAUAACUUCUUCAGAUGACUGCAAAGCGCAACGUUGCAAAGCUCACUUCUACAACCCUAGUCACCAAUGACAGUGCACCACCAUAUCCCUUUGCUCACCAGUUCAAACAAACUACCGCCCUCGAGUCAGAAGGCUGUCCUCAUCGUCCAACACACAACGGUAACAUCACCCCAGGACUUCAGCCCUCCGGUGAUACCUCGUUCAGCGAACACUAGGCCUUGGGGAGUGUUUACGGCUCUGUCAUAACAGCAUUGUGGCAGAAGUAGCCUCGAUCUUGACCAAGACAUUUUUAAUGCCACUCUGUAUGGCUCGGCAUACUUUUUUUUUUAAUUCAUACUAACGUGUGUUCAUGUCCAUUUUUCCACCUCUGACUUACAUUUAUUUUCUGAUACCAUGUUUCUGUGUGAUUUUAGUCUUAUUUUUACUGGUAUGACAAUGUAAACAUAUACUUUUGUUCCACACAAGAUAUUUUGGGAUUUUGUGUGCACUUCCAUGUGACUACAUGUAUUUUUAUACCAUAGUUUUUGUUUCUGAUUUUUCAAUUCCUUUUACGCUCUCAUUCCUUUAUAGUUGUAUCUUAUUUGAGACAGAGGAAGAGAUAGGGUGAAUAGUAGAGAGAGAGAGAGGGGGGGGGAAUGCAGAAACAAAGCGCCAUUCAUGAUGAAUUUUAUUACAUUUGUGUUUUAACUUUGCACAUACAUUGCAAGAUUUUGGGAAUUUAACACGUUUAUUUUUCUGUAAGUUUGUAAAUCCAUGUAUUCACACAGUGUUUUGAGUGAUAUAUUGUAAAGAUAGAUCUUAUGCAUGCUCCUUGGGGAAAAGAAGUUAUACAUGCAUGUCACUUAUCUUAUCUUGGCAUUACCAUAAUUCUUAUAUUGGUUGAUGUUGCUGAUAAAUGAAACAGAAUCUGAUGGAUAUCAUUGAUAACAGUUACUGUUUGUCUUCUUUUUUACAUCAGGAUAACAGAUCUUAGUAGUACAGCGAAAGACAAUUCACUGUAAUUUGUUAUAUUGUCAUAUAUUACACGAUUAUGAUUUUCAAUAGCACAUGUUUGUACACUACAAUUUUAUGUCUUUAGAGGUCACAUAUCCAGUUUGUUUCGUGAAUAGUCAAUAUUGGAUUAUGAUUAUAAUGUCAGUUUGUUUGCAACAUUUACCCCAUAUAUAGUGGUACCUUACGAUCAACUGUCAAUAUCUACUGCAUUCACUAUACAUAGCAGUGUCUUGCUUGCUGUAACAAAGAGGUAUAUAGGGCUGUUAGGGAUUAUCCAUAAUGUACAUUGUUUUUUAUUUUUAUUGUUAUUGUGUUUACCUGAACUUAUAUCUCAAUUGCUAUGUAGGGGGCCUUUCAUAUAAUCAGUAGGUAUCUUGUUUAUGUACCUGUUUUAUAGAUGUAUUCCAUUUCUAUUAAAUAUAUAUAUAUGUUAAAAUGCCCUUUUCAGAGAUUUCUACAAUGCUGCUCUUUUCAGUAUGUGCUUUUAUUUUAGUAUAUCAAAUUUCAUUGGAUAUGCUGUUUUUAAAAUCUAUUUCUUUUAAAAUGUGUUUGAAGAUGAUAGGUGAUUACCAUUUGUAAUAUUGCAUUGCGGUUCUUUUUUAGAUCGCCAAGGAAAUAGCAUGAUGUUAAGUUUGUGCAGAAUGUCAUUUACAUGCAUGUAGAUAGGUCUAUGCAAUUUAGCUUUGACUUUGGUUUGAUAAGCUUUGUUUAGUGCUUUGAACAUGAUUUUAACAAUGAA